AUGAGCGGUGAACGUGUGUCUACUGGCUCACUGGGGGAACGGUUGAUGCUAAGAACGCGAAGUACAGGAGAAUCUGUGAGGGAUACAUUAUCAAAGGCCAUAAGAUCAACACUGGGAAGGACAUCAUCUGUGGAGAGGAAAGGAAUGCCUAACUACCCAAAGUUUGGAACUGCACUCACUUCCACAACUUCGACGUCUUCAUCACCAAAGGAUAGAAGUUCUGAUAGUGGAGAUGGAGAAUCGCCGAGGCAGAGGAAGUACUCAAGCAAAGACUGUGCUCGAAUAUACUUCAGCAGCACAAGCAGUGAACACUCCUCUCGUUCCAACUCGAGCACUCCACGUCGGGUCCGCCACACAACAUCCUCUUCUGGUUACGGUAGUCUCACUCAUCUCCCUCCACUUGUACACCGAAAAAAUCCGGAUCCGCUGAAUUCGUUGAUGUCACAAAGUAUGUAUGUGCAGGCGGUACCCGGAUGUAUGAGUGAUAUGGGAAGACCAACUUCGUUAUCACAAAGGAAACUUUAUUAUGAAGACUCGUCUGAAACCUACAUACCGUCUUUUCCAAGUUUAACAACUCUGAAGGAUUUUAUGAUGACAAAUGAUGAAGACACGUUUGAAGAUGAAUUUGAUUUCGACAACGAUGAUGGCAAAUCAGUGAUUUCAUCUGCAUCAACUAGUCGACUAUUCUCCGUAGAUUGCAGAAUGUCCAAGUAUCAGAAGAAUCAAUCACUCCGUCAGUUUCUGAAUUCUCCAGAUGUUGCAACCUCCUUCGCCUCGGUUGGCCAAGAAGAGCAUUAUCAAAAGUGUGACAGGGAGAGCGUACUCACAUCUAGUCUGCCAUUGUCUGCAAUUUCGUCUAAACUUUUAAUGUUUCUUCUAACAUCAGGAUGA